AUGUCAAUAGACUCUGUGACAUCCACUGCCAACGAUCUCAUGGAGCAUAGUCUGCCACUGCGAUCUAAAGGGUCCACAGAUCCAAGCCCAGAUUUGGAACUAAUACGCCUAACCCCCCCAUUCGACGAAGCCGACGAGGCGCUCCUACAGCUCAAAGCUGGAUUGAGACCUCUACGGCAACGAUACGACGAAAUCAAGAUGAUAGAGGCAUACCGAGCAGCCUUACAACCACACGAAAAAAAGAAGCAGGAGCUCACUCAUCCUUCUACACAGCUCAUAGACAAGCUGAAGGAUGUGAUGAGAGCAAUCGCGGAAGACUUGGACAGAGAAAGGGGUAUACCGAGGAAGUCUGCAUACGAACACGUAGGAGAGCUGUUGGAAUUCAUGAGCAUUGCUCCCAAGAAGAGAUCCGCCACACGCGCUGUCACUAGAUCUCAAACGCGAACGGAGACACAGAGUGUGUGCAAUUAUGAGUCAUUCAAAACACAGGAGUCCAAGCUGACCAGGAUACAAGACGACAUCUGUAAGAGUUCGAUGAGAUGUGAUGACCAACUGCCCGAGCGUGAUCAGACGGUCGGAAAAAAGAUGGCGAAGGAGAAGGAAACAGCCAAGUGGGCAACAGAGGUCGCGACAGACUUUGGGGAAGCCAAAAAGCUUUCUGCGGUAGCUGAGACAUCAGGGAUAGAUCUACAGGUGGAGAGCGUCGUCAUACUACAUGCAAUGAUUGUAAUGAUCAACUCCUCUCGCAACAUCUCUUUAAGAUCUACGAACGGUAUCGAAGUGCUUACAACAAAGCAUCUCAUGGAGACAAAUUUGCCUUUGCGAUCUAAAGGAUCUCCGGGACCAGGUGACGAUCUCACAGAUUUGAGUUACCUAUACAAGCCCACCAUAAGGCACAUGGGGUCUCUCCAACGACUCUCCGACAAGAGCCAAAGUUUGGAAUCGCAGCUCGAGCAACUCGACAUGAUGGACCAGUACAGAACUGCCCUGGAGCAACACAGAGAAAAAGUGAGAGACCUAUCGCAGGAACACACAAGACUCGGGCAAGAACGAGAUCAAAUUAGAGCGAGGCUCCACCGAGAAGAGGAAAAAAUGGUCGCAUUGGCACGCUACGCGCUCCAAUGCCUCGAUACUGGAGUCGAGAGACCGUGUGAGGAAACCAAUGAACAAUUCUCUGCAUUCCAUGACGCUUUGAUAGCGUAUGUCUCAUGCAUCAAGUCUGACGAAGAAUACGAGCAUCGAGUAAAAGAAGAAGCCGGGAGCUGGGACACGGUGAUUGCGACAAACUCCGAGGGCAAAGCACUCUACGAGGCAGCUGAGGCAUCAAGUCGAGAUCUAGCGGCAGAGAGGGCUUCUAUUUGGCGCUUGCUGAGAGAGAUUGAAGCAGAUUACUGCGAACUCCUGGACGAAGAAUUCGGGAGUUGA